ACGUGACCAGCCUGAGCGACUUCAGUCAGCGUACAACUGAUUAAAAAUAUCACAUUUUCAUUUUUUUCUCCGGUCCAUUCGUUAUAUUUAAACUUAUUUAGUAUCGGAGACACGAGCUAUAUUAAUUUUGUUGCAUAGUUGAAGCUUAUUUGCACAGAAUUCGGAUUUUAAAAGGCAGAGUUUGGAAGACGCUUCUCCUCAGCUGGGCUUGUUUCCAUAGAAACGGAUGCUAAGCUAGUUUACAUAACAGCUCUGUGCUUUAUGAAUCUUCCGAUUAUUAUUUAUUUGUAAUGUUUUGGAUUCCGUUGAACUAAUAGUUUGAACAUCUUGUGUAUGAUGUCAAAAUAUGGCAGUUUCCUCCACUGUUCCUAUAGAAUGAGCACACCUCACUUAAGACACUAAACCGUAGAUCUCCUGUUGAGAAGAGCUGAUCGCACCCCCUGAGGAGCGAUGUCUCAGUUUUCCACCGAAGAUGAGGCCGAGCUCCAAUGCCUGCUGAGAGAGCUCCUGAAAACUGUGAAAGACAGAAUCUCAGGAGCACCAUCGGUGGAAUGUGCAGAAGAAAUCUUGCUUCACCUCGAGGAAACUGACAAAAACUUUCACAAUUAUGAGUUUGUGAAAUAUCUGCGGGAGUAUGUGGAGAGCAGCUUGGGAGCGGUUAUUGAAGAGGAGACAGAAAGUUUUACCAGGGGUGAUGGUCAUGCUGUUGGGUCAGGGCAGGACACCCUAGUUCAUGCUGUUACAAAGAGGACGAGGGAGUCAACACAGUAUAAACAGAUGAUGCAAACGCUUAAACAGACUAUGAUGGUGGUGGUGGAAUCACUGAUUAAUAAAUUUGAGGAAGAUCAACUAAAGAAAGAAGAAAUGCACAAAAAGAGCCAACAUGAGCAAUCAAGUAGCCAUUACACUGACAAUUGCUCUGACAGUGACUCUUCAUUUAAUCAGAGCUAUGCAUUUAUCAAGCACGAACAGCUGCAAGUCAUUGCUGAGAAGCUCGAUCCCAGCCGGCCACGAGAGGUGCGCUGGGAAGCCCUGCAGUCCCUUUGCCAUGCACCACCAUCUGAUGUUUUGAGCUGCGAAAGCUGGACCGUUCUGCGCAGAAACCUGUCAGCUGCGCUUACUGACCCCGACCCUGACAUCAGUGAUAAAGUUCUUUGCUUCUUUGCAAAAACCUUUUCAUCUUCUCCAUUAAAUGUGACUAAGGAUAUCUACACCAGCAUAGCAAAAAGCUUGGAGGCUCAUUUCCUGUACCACAAGUUGAGUUUUCCUAGUGGCUCUACAGGAAUCGAUGCAAACAGACCAGAUAUUGCCCGUCUCCUAAAACAAAUGCGAUUAAUGAAUGACUUUCAAAAGGAAGUGACAACAUUUUGGAUACGACACCCUGAAAAAUACAUGGAGGAAAUCAUUGAGAGCACCCUCUCUCUUCUCUCUCUACAUUCUGAACUCGGCACAGAGAAAUCUCUUGAAUCCAUACAUUUAAUCUCUCUACUGGAUAUUAAAGCUAACUGGUUUAAGAAAUGGAUGCAUGGCUACUACAGCAGAACUGUUGUCUUAAGACUUCUUGAGAAGAAGUACAAGUCAUUGAUUGUAAUUGCUCUUCAGCAGUGUAUUUAUUACCAUGAUUCCUGUGAUUCUGUCAGAGACGAAACCUUUGAAAUCAUCCAUGGUCUGGAACAUCAGCAGAUUGGAUCGCCUCAGAGAACCCUCUAUCUUUCUAAAGAGCUGGACUUUAUUUAUUUCGUUCACUCGCUGUGUGUGCUUGGGAGGCUUGUGAUGUACACUAAUGGAAGGAAACUUUUCCCCAUUCAAUUGAAGAAACGUAGAGAUCCGGUAACUUUGACCGAUCUAGUGGUGAUUCUGAUCAACAUCAUGUACCAACACCCAAAACCAGCCAGUGGUGAGACAGCACAUACAGAUUCCCUCUCCCCCACAAAUCUUGUACUGGAGGUGCUGAAGACCCUGUGUGACCGCACGGAGUGUGCCGUGGAGUCUGUCUAUCAAAUCCCUGUGAUAGAGACGCUGCUGUCCCCUAUUAUCACUCUGCUUAAAGGAAAGCUGCCCAAAUUAAAUUCUUUAAAAAGUGGCCUGACUCAUACAGCGGACAUCCUGGCACGAAUCGCUUCCACUGAAAGAGGUUUAUCACUCCUGCUUUAUGACAGAAAUCUCGUCUCGGCCGAGGGUGAAAGUAUUUCUGCAGCACAUGUGAUUGUACAGUUUACCCAGAAGCUGCUGGCUAAGGAACUGCUUGUUCUCUCUGAGCUGGAGAUUUCUCCGGCUGUGACCGGGGCCUUUAUCUUCGUCUGUCGACAGAUGUACAACACCUGCGAAGGGCUGCAAGUUCUGCGGCCCUAUGGUUUGCACGAGUGCAUCGCCAAAGCCUGGAGAAAGACUAGCUCACUGUCGGAGAGAGUUCCCACCCCUGUUCCUGGAGCCCCGCCGGAUCUGUCUGUCCAGGAACCACAGAAUGUUGUGGCCUGGGAGGAGAUGUUGUUGGACAACCUGCUGAAUUUUGCUGCCACACCAAAAGGACUGCUGCUUCUCCAACAGACCGGUGCCAUAAAUGAGUGCGUCACCUAUAUGUUCUCAAGAUUCACAAAAAAACUGCAGGUCAGCAGGUGUGAGAAGUUUGGUUAUGGUGUGAUGGUAACCCAGGUUGCUGCUACUGCCCCAGGCAUCGUGGCUUUGCAAAGCUCAGGCUUUGUCCAGACAAUUGUGGUAGAGCUGUGGUCAGCCCUUGAAUGUGGACGAGAGGAUGUAAGGGUGGUCCAUCCUAAAUCAACCCCAAUGGACCCCAUUGACAGGAGCUGCCUUAAGUCUUUCCUGUCUCUAGUGAACCUGCUUUCUUCACCUCAUGCUGUGUGGGAACUGCUGGGACUUCGAACACUUCCUAACAAAACCGAGUACAAUCUGAGAGAGAUAGCCUCCUCUGUUUUAGACCUCAUGGACCGUCUCAUCAUUGUUAACUCUGAUGCAAAGAUUCACUCCCUUUUCAACUACGAGCAGUCCCACACGUUUGGUUUGAGGCUCCUCAGCGUACUGUGCUGUAACCUGGAUACUUUUCUUCUUUUGGAGUCUCAGUUCAAUGUCUCCGAGUUACUGCUACAGGGUCAAAGGGAUAACGUGACAGAGCCGCCCUCUGGUGAAGGGGAGUUUAUCAUUGAUGGGCUGUCUGUGGAAAGAAACCACAUCCUGGUUAGAAUCUGUGCAGUCGGUGGCCCAUCUGAGAGGAAACUUCCUCCCCGAGCCCUGCAAAAGGGGAAUGAUCCUUAUCCAUGGCCGAUGGUGUCCUUCUUCCCUCUACCCAAGAAUUACAUCCUCGACGUGCCCAAAACUGUCCGUACUAAACAGGAGCCUGAGAUCAGUGCUCUUCUGGCAUCCUCUAAAGAGACGGACAGGGACUGGAUAGAGGAUUGUAGAAGACAGUUCUGCAAGAUCAUGGCAUCGAAAUCACAUGCUCUCGCUGGAUAUGUGCUCGCUGAUCUUCUUGAGAGGGUCGUCUUGCAUCUCUCAUCUUCAUCCACUGACUGCUUCUUUCCACCUGCAGAAUAUAAAGUAGUGGACCACAGUGUAAGGAGCAAGAGCUUGUCAUCCGUGGAGCAGUUAGGUGUGGGGAUCUCGCUCAGGUACGGCAAGUUCCUGAAGCUAAUGCGUGAUGAUUCAGAGCAGGAUCUGUGUCUCCUACUCAAGCACUGUCAAGAGUUUCUCUCUCAACAGCGGAUCAACGUGACCUCUGACCUCUCCUAUUUUCAGGGUGGUUAUCCAGGUCACGAUUGGUUUGCCUCCACGGUCUUUCUGCUCAUGCACGGUGACGUGGGUCGUUCUCUGAGUCUGCUCCUACGUUUCUCCCGUCUGCUGCCGUCUGCCUUCCUGUGGCCCCCGAGACUGCACAGCUCUGUGCACCUUCCUAUAGAGAUCGCUCAGUCAGGUAUUCAUCCCAUCUACUCCUGCACUGCUCACUAUGUUGAGAUGUUACUGAAUGCUGAGGUUCCUCUGGUUUUCUCUGCCUUUAGGAUGUCUGGCUUUACUCCCUCUCAGAUCUGUAUUCAAUGGCUUGGCCAGUGUUUCUGGAACUACUUGGACUGGUCUGAGAUCUGUCACUAUGUAGCCACAUGCAUCAUCAUGGGACCAGAUUACCAGGUGUACAUGUGUGUCGCUGCUCUGCGGCAUCUGGAGCAGGAAAUCCUACAGCACACACAGACACAAGACCUGCAGGUUUUCCUUAAGGAAGAACCGAUCCAUGGCUUUAGGGUGAGUAAUUACCUGGAGUACAUGGAAGGACUGGAACAUAAUUACAGGUCCAUGGUGCUCUCGGACAUGAGGAGCAUCUUAGCAAAGAACAGCUAGCAGGAAAUAGACUGCCGAAGAUCUACAGAGACUUGAGUUAAGCGGGAAAUGAACAUUGCACCAUUGCAUGUGGUGCAGAGUGGAAAUGAGAACAUGGAGUGUUUUAAUAGCGCGGUGCAGCAUGCUCAACGUGUUAAGAGGCUUGUGUUUUCUUCAUUUUUAUAUACAUAUUUAGUGCUGGGCA